AUUAUUUGACUUGCUUUAAUAGGCAGCUUUGAUGGAGUGUCUGCUGAGGAUUACAAGUCAGGUUGGUUGAUGAAGACUGGUGGCCAGACCCUAACAGGAGUCAAUGUAAUGAGGAACAUGGAAGCCUCGCAAGUAACGUUUACUGGGAAUCUGAUUCAAGGAGCCAACCUGGAGCACCUUAUUAGGAGCACAGCAAAAAUUGAUGAAGCAACUACAUUACAGCAGGUGUCAUUUGAGAAAUUGAUAUCAAAAAAAGAAGUAAUGUUGAGUGGUACAAUACAAGGAUGGAAUUUGAAUGAAGAAGCCAUGACAUCAAAUCGUAUUAUGCAAAAGGUAACUGGCAAGAAAAUGUUCACAUCCAAUGUGCAUUUUGCUGGACCAUUCCCAGUGGCACAAUAUGUGGUGGUGAGGAACUACCCUGAGGAUGACCCAUUCCCUAUUGAUGUUGGUGACCUUUGCAAUAGGGUUGGCACACCUGGAACUAAACUCAAUUUAAAACGCUGGACAAUUGGGGGUGAUGUCGACUUUGGCAAAAAUGUCACCAUUACUGGCACUUUGAAUGGUGAAGAUGUGGCCACUCUUGAAGAUGUGUUCUGGUUAAGUGAUGUACCAAAUGAAAUUGCUGCUGUGGCCUCCUUUGAUUCCAUGAAUCAUGGUGCCAAUGUUUCUCUGGUGCUAGAUGUGACGGGUAAGAUUAAUGGACAUAACUUAAAUACUGUAUGGGAUCAAGUACUGAAGAAAGAAUGCAGGGAGCAGAUAGUACAUGGAGAGUUUACAAUAGACACCUUGAUCACUGAUUUCCUUGUCACAGACACGGUCACCAACCCAAAUGAUGAUGCUGGUGUUAUGGAUCUUCUAAAUAUCUUGCUAAAAGAUGGAGAUCAAGAAAUAAAAGGAAGAUUGAACAUAGUUAAAGUAGACUCAAAAGGCAACAUACUUCUGGAUGGAACUUUGAAUGGACUAAAAAUCGGUACUGAUUUUGUUCAGUAUGGCAAGACUGCUACAAUCACAAGUAGAAAGACCUUCAUGCACAACUUGAUUAUCCAGGGAGAUUUAGUAGUGGUGGAUGAAGGCACAAUUCAGGGUGUGGAUGUGUCUGAACUUGGGCGACUUGCCGUCAGAAUAAACGAUGCGAGUGUUCACACAAUCCCUGGAGUGACAACCUUCAGAGGGCUUGUAUAUACAGGCCUAGAUUUUCAAGUGUAUGGUACUGUUGAUGGCAUUACAAUAAACCGAGACACCAUUCUUCUCAAGUCAGACAACCAAGAAAUGCAUGGCAUUCUGGUUAUAAAUCCUGGUGUUCCUGGUGUUGUAUUAGAAACACGCACAUUGAUUGUGCUAGACAACAAGUUUAAUGACCUGGACCUCGAUAGGCUGAGUAACUACACGGUGAGGAUUGACAGACCGAACGUUAUUUACGGGGAAGUUACGUUCGAGGAUGUCUGCUACUUCCAGUCACUGACUUUGGAGAACAACCUAAUCAAUGGACAUAAUAUUAAUGACCUUGGACAGUUCAUUAAUGGCACCUACCUUAGCAUCAUGGAGGACUACUUGGUGAUAUCCCUAGAGGUGGCCCAAGAUACCAGACUCAUCUUAGCAGAUAAGGGUGCGGAAAUAUGGUAUUACGAAGAGAGCUCCUUGGAAUCCAUGUACAAAAUUCUGGCUGUGAUGUUAAAAAGCAACUACCUGGAAGAAAAAGCUUAUGACACACUGGUUGGACUUGACCGCACCUUGAAUUUAGUUCAUACAUACAGCAUUACUCCAGGCUUCCCUAAGCUUUACCCAGCAGUGAGUGUGGCAGAGCCAGUGGCUGUAGCUGGUCUCGGCAGUGGUCUUCUGGCAACCUGUGGUGGGCAGCAAAUGUCUGCAUCCCCAUCAGGUGUACAACAAACUGCAGACUAUACUCUGAUUCCCACUGAAACUGGCAUCCAAAAUAACUAUGGUCAUAUCCACUCCCUGGCAGGUGAAGUGGGACUUGAAACUGCAUUUGGGAUCAACCAGUGUAGAGAUUUGGUGAGUUUCAGAUUGAAUGACAAUAGAUUAUGUCUAGCAGUCCUGGACUACAAAGCCAGCUCAACAGUAAUGUGUGGGUUUGCGUCAACUGGGUUCCGACUUAUGAACUACCUGGGUACACAAAGGGCUGUGAAGGGAGCAUGGGUGAAUUUGGGUUAUAUCACCUGCUUGUUCGUGGCUGAGGAAGAAAGUGACUCUGAGCCGGGUUACUUAAAGUUGUUCAAGCAUAACGAUUAUAUAGAUGAAAUGCAGCUGGUGAGGACUUUAGAGGUUCCUGGUGCAUCUGAUGUGGAUGUGUUGGUAAAGGAGUCCCUGGCAGUUGUUGUAGUCACAAGUCGACCCAACCGACUCUGUAAUUCAUCAAUAAUGGUCUUGGGUAUCACUGUUGACAACCUUGAAAUAGAAGUAUACCAGAAACUGGAAGUUUUUGAAGCUGUGCAUAGCAGUCUGUCCCUUUUACCAAUGGGUGAAGUUGCACUCUUCAUACAGACUAGAAGGAACCUUUUUGUUUAUUAUCUUAAGGGGGCAAAAUUUGUCUUCAUCAGGGAGAUAAAAACCACCCCAUCGAUGUGCCCAUCAUCAUUCCCAUUUCUGUAUGGAGAGCCCAAGACCCUAAUGAUUCCCUAUGCUGGUCUGGGUUGGCUUUACUCGGAGUACCACGAGGACACACUUAAGCUUGUUCCAUCCACCAUGUACAAAGCAGUGUAUAGGGGCACUUAUGGUGAACCUCUGUACAGAGGAAUGAAAAUUUAAUUUUGUCAAGAUACAUGAAUACUACAAACCUGUAAAUUUAUCCUCGAAUUAAAAGUAAUUUUAGAGUACAUACAAAUAAAAUAAUUGGAAUUUUCCUACAAAGCUUAUUGUUAAUGAUCUAAUAAAACUAAU